AAUUGCAAAAGGUGGACUUGUUUAUUCUUCAUAAGUUUGAUUUGAUUUGAUUUGAUUUGAUCUAUUCAAACAAAAACUGUGCAAUCGCUCUUGUUGUAGUAGUUGCAGAUCAGUAGAAAUGGGAAAUGAUCGGCAUCGGAUGUCCAUGUUCCUGCCAAUACUGUGUUCAAGCUCAAGCUCAUCCGUCCACGACCCUUUCUCUCCCAGGAUCAGUUGCACCGGCCAAAUCAAGAGGAACAACAAGAUUGCCCGAUUUCCCACUUCUCAGCCUCACAACAACAACAAUGUCAAGUAUGUGAAGCUCAAGAGGCUGUUUUCCUCCUCCUCUUCCUCCUCAUCUAGGACCAGUAGUAAUGGCACCAAGAAUGAUUAUCCAAUUGGCAGCACCAGAAUCAGCAUGGAUGAAUUGGAUCCUCCACUACCUGUGAUCAAGAGAGCAUCGAAAGAAGAAAGGCAGCCACCAAACACCCUCUGGGAGAGGAGAUCGGGUGGCGUUGAAUUGAAAAGUCUACAGCUUCAACAAAUCCAACCCAUCACCACUGUUUGAUUCUUGAAGAGGUAAAUGCAUACAUAGAUGAUUACUUUAUCAUUGUAUAAUAGGGAAUUCCCACAAAUGUUACGGCAUUCGCUACAAUUGAAAUUAUUAUUACAACUCCAAUACUAAAAGAUUUUUAUGUUU